UUGUCAGUGUUUGCAGCCUGCUCGUGUCGCCCAGCCAUGGCACAGCAGGACGGUGCAGCCAAAAAGAACCCCGCUGUUAGGGAUUUGCAGUCGAGUUUCCUCGUGGGAUCAAUAUCGGAGGAGAACUCGGAGGAUGAAAUCCAGGGGAAGGCAGAUGUGCAGCUGGAGGAAAAGGAGCCCCGCUCGCUUUCACCAUCCUCCGGUAGCUCUGAUAGCACCUUUGAAAUGGGUUUUGACCACAUCGACGGCACCAUGCACAAUCUAAGACCAAGCAUGUCAGGACUGCACUUGGUCAAACAAGGUAGAGAUCGCAGGCGAAUUGAUCUCCAGAGAGACUUUACCGUUGCUUCUCCAGCUGAAUUUGUCACCCGCUUUGGUGGUAACAAGGUCAUUGAAAAGGUGCUUAUCGCCAACAAUGGCAUUGCAGCUGUUAAAUGCAUGCGUUCCAUCCGCCGCUGGGCCUAUGAGAUGUUCCGCAAUGAAAGGGCAAUCCGUUUUGUCGUCAUGGUGACCCCAGAAGACCUGAAGGCCAAUGCAGAAUACAUAAAAAUGGCAGAUCACUAUGUGCCUGUGCCAGGAGGAACUAACAACAACAACUAUGCCAAUGUUGAGCUCAUUCUGGAUAUUGCGAAACGCAUACCUGUUCAGGCAGUGUGGGCCGGUUGGGGUCAUGCUUCAGAGAACCCCAAACUCCCAGAGCUUCUUCAUAAAAAUGGCAUUGCUUUCAUGGGUCCCCCAAGUCAGGCGAUGUGGGCUCUUGGGGACAAGAUCGCCUCCUCAAUAGUGGCUCAGACAGCCGGCAUUCCAACUCUGCCUUGGAGUGGAUCAGGCUUAACAGUAGAGUGGACAGAGAACAACCAGAAGAAGAAAGUCAUCAAUGUUCCGAACGAGUUAUAUGAGCAGGGCUGCAUUCAAGAUGUAGAAGACGGCCUUAAAGCUGCAGAGAAAAUAGGUUUUCCUGUAAUGGUUAAGGCCUCUGAAGGGGGUGGGGGAAAAGGAAUCCGGAAAGUCAACUGUGCGGAUGACUUCCCUAACCUCUUCAGACAGGUCCAGGCAGAAGUUCCAGGAUCACCCAUUUUCGUCAUGCAACUUGCCAAGCAUGCUCGCCACUUAGAGGUCCAGAUUUUGGCCGAUCAAUAUGGAAAUGCCAUUUCCCUGUUUGGCAGAGACUGCUCUGUGCAGCGACGUCACCAGAAAAUUAUAGAGGAGGCUCCUGCUACCAUCGCCACGUCUGAUGUUUUUGAGGAUAUGGAAAAGUGUGCUGUGAAACUGGCUAAGAUGGUGGGCUACGUCAGUGCAGGUACAGUUGAGUACCUCUACAGCCAGGACAGCAGCUUCUACUUCCUGGAGCUGAACCCACGUCUGCAGGUAGAACACCCCUGCACCGAGAUGGUUGCCGAUGUCAACUUGCCUGCUGCACAGCUCCAGAUUGCUAUGGGUAUUCCCCUUCAUCGGAUCAAAGAUAUUAGGAUGCUUUAUGGAGUCAUGCCCUGGGGAGACUGCCCCAUUGAAUUUGAGUGCCUGUCGAAUAAUGUCCCCUCUCCAAGGGGCCAUGUCAUAGCAGCACGCAUCACCAGUGAAAAUCCAGAUGAGGGUUUCAAGCCAAGCUCCGGAACGGUGCAAGAGCUGAAUUUCCGCAGCAAUAAGAACGUGUGGGGCUACUUCAGUGUUGCGGCAGCGGGAGGGUUGCACGAGUUUGCAGACUCCCAGUUUGGUCACUGCUUCUCAUGGGGAGAGAAUCGUGAAGAAGCUAUCUCCAACAUGGUGGUUGCUCUUAAGGAGUUGUCCAUAAGGGGAGACUUCAGGACAACUGUUGAAUACCUCAUUAAAUUACUGGAGACUGAAAGUUUUCAGCACAACAGCAUUGAUACAGGCUGGCUGGACCGGCUCAUCGCAGAAAAGAUGCAGGCGGAGCGUCCUGACACCAUGCUGGGAAUAGUGAGCGGGGCCCUGCACGUGGCAGAUGUCAAUCUAAGGAACAGUGUUUCCAACUUUUUGCACUCUCUGGAAAGGGGCCAGGUGCUGCCAGCUCAUACACUACUCAACACUGUGACUGUGGAACUGAUAUACGAAGGUACUAAGUAUGUACUGACAGUGACACGUCAGUCUCCAAAUUCCUACGUGGUCAUCAUGAACAACUCUUCGGCUGAGGUGGAUGUCCAUCGGCUCAGUGAUGGAGGUCUGUUGCUUUCAUAUGAUGGAAGCAGCUACACUACCUACAUGAAGGAAGAGGUGGACAGGUAUCGCAUCACAAUUGGGAACAAAACAUGCGUUUUUGAAAAGGAGAACGAUCCGUCGCUGCUGCGAUCCCCUUCAGCAGGAAAACUCAUUCAGUACACAGUGGAGGACGGCGGGCAUGUGUUUGCGGGCCAGUGCUAUGCUGAAAUAGAGGUGCAGUAUUUGCAGUACUUUGUAAUGAAAAUGGUGAUGACACUCACCGCUGCCGAGUCUGGCUGUAUUCACUAUGUGAAGAGGGCUGGAGCUGCACUGGAGCCCGGCUGUGUCAUUGCCAAACUGCAGUUGGAUGACCCGAGCAGAGUCCAGCAGGCGGAGCUGCACACAGGAGCCCUCCCUAUUAUUCAGGCUGUGGCUCUGAGAGGGGAAAAGCUGCACAGAGUCUUCCACAGUACGCUUGAUCAUCUUGUUCACAUAAUGAAUGGUUUCUGCCUGCCAGAGCCUUUCUUCAGUGUUAAAUUAAAAGAGUGGGUGGAAAGGCUCAUGAAAACUAUGCGCGAUCCAUCUUUGCCUCUGCUGGAGCUUCAAGACAUCAUGACAAGCGUGUCAGGCCGCAUCCCACCUGCUGUGGAGAAGGCCAUCAAGAAGGAGAUGGCUCAGUAUGCCAGUAACAUAACUUCUGUGCUCUGCCAGUUCCCCAGCCAGCAGAUUGCAAAUAUCUUGGACAGCCAUGCUGCUACUCUAAACAAGAAGUCAGAGAGAGAAGUCUUCUUUAUGAACACACAGAGCAUUGUUCAGCUGGUGCAGAAGUAUCGCAGUGGCAUCCGAGGCCACAUGAAGGCUGUGGUGAUGGACUUGCUCAGGCAGUAUCUGAAAGUAGAGAUCCAGUUCCAGAAUGGACACUAUGACAAGUGUGUGUUUGCACUGCGAGAAGAAAACAAAGGGGAUAUGGCCAAUGUCCUGAACUACAUCUUCUCUCAUGCUCAAGUCACCAAGAAGAACCUCCUAGUUACUAUGCUAAUAGACCAGCUCUGUGGCCGCGAUCCCACUUUAACAGAUGAACUCAUGACCAUUUUGACUGAACUGACGCAGCUCAGCAAGACAACCAAUGCCAAGGUGGCACUGCGAGCUCGUCAGGUGCUGAUAGCUUCCCACCUUCCCUCCUAUGAGCUGCGACACAACCAGGUGGAGUCCAUCUUCCUCUCUGCCAUUGACAUGUACGGACACCAGUUCUGCAUUGAGAAUCUACAGAAACUUAUCCUUUCAGAAACUUCCAUCUUUGAUGUUCUGCCGAACUUCUUCUACCACAGUAAUCAGGUUGUCAGGAUGGCUGCCCUCGAGGUGUACGUUCGCAGAGCAUACAUUGCGUACGAGCUCAACAGUGUUCAGCAUCGACAACUCAAGGACAACACAUGUGUAGUAGAGUUCCAAUUUAUGCUUCCCACCUCACAUCCCAACAGAGGGAACAUCCCCACUCUAAACAGGAAAAUGCCUGCUCCAGUCCAAGACAAUGUAAAAGCCACGGACACUAAAUUAAAGGAACCCAGACCACAGGAUCUUAAAACAGAAGAUAGUGAAUCUAAGGAUGGUAGUACAGAAAAGACAAAUACCUCAAAUUUGGAAUCUGUGGACAGGAUGUCCUUCUCAUCCAACCUGAAUCACUACGGGAUGGUCCAUGUGGCUAACGUGAGCGAUGUCCUGCUUGACACAUCUUUUACUCCUCCAUGUCAGCGCAUGGGAGCAAUGGUCUCUUUCCGUUCCUUCCAAGAGUUCACACGGAACAUAACUGAUGUGUUGAGCUGCUUCUCUGACUCUCCUCCUCCAAGUCCAACCUUCCCUGAUGGAGGCAAUCCGGUGCUGUACGGGGAAGAGGACAACAAGAGCGUCCAGGAUGAGCCUAUCCACAUCCUCAAUGUGGCCAUAAAGACCGACAGCGACAUUGACGACGAUGGCCUUGCUUCCAUUUUUCGGGAGUUUACACAAUCAAAGAAAUUGCUGCUGUUUGAACAUGGUAUCAGGAGGCUAACUUUCCUUGUUGCUCAAAAGGAUUUCAGGAAGCAGGUCAACUGUGAGGUAGACCAAAGAUUCCACAGGGAAUUUCCAAAAUUCUUCACAUUCCGUGCCAGAGACAAGUUCGAGGAGGACAGGAUUUACCGGCACCUGGAGCCAGCAUUAGCAUUCCAAUUGGAGCUCAACCGAAUGCGCAAUUUUGCGCUAACUGCCAUCCCGUGUGCCAAUCACAAGAUGCACCUGUACCUGGGUGCAGCUCGAGUCGAAGUGGGCACCGAAGUCACAGACUACCGUUUCUUUGUCCGAGCCAUUAUCCGCCACUCCGAUCUGGUCACAAAGGAAGCUUCUUUUGAAUAUCUUCACAAUGAAGCCGAGCGGCUGCUGCUGGAAGCCAUGGAUGAACUGGAGGUGGCUUUCAACAACACAACUGUAAGAACGGACUGUAACCACAUCUUCCUGAAUUUUGUCCCUACCGUCAUCAUGGACCCGUCAAAGAUCGAGGAGUCUGUGCGUUCCAUGGUGAUGCGCUAUGGCAGCCGCCUGUGGAAGCUGCGUGUCUUGCAAGCUGAACUGAAGAUUAACAUCCGACUGACUCCAACAGGAAAGCAGAUUCCCAUCCGCCUCUUCCUUACCAAUGAAUCAGGCUACUACCUGGAUAUCAGCUUGUACAAAGAGGUCACUGACUCCCGAACGGGACAGGUGGGGCCCAAAGACAGACAGAUCAUGUUCCAAGCAUAUGGAGAUAAGCAAGGGCCUUUGCAUGGCAUGCUUAUCAAUACUCCCUACGUCACCAAGGAUCUGCUGCAGUCCAAGCGUUUCCAGGCACAGUCUCUGGGCACCACUUAUGUCUAUGACUUUCCAGAAAUGUUCAGACAGGCCCUGAAAAAGAUCUGGCACGCCAGUCAGACAUAUGCCCACUUGCCCAAAUGCCCUCUCCCAUCUGAGCUGCUUACCUUUACUGAGCUGGUUCUGGAUGCUCAGGAUCAGCUGGUGCAGAUGAACCGCCUCCCAGGGGGGAAUGAGAUUGGUAUGGUGGCAUGGCGGAUGACCCUACGGACUCCAGAGUAUCCGGGAGGACGUGAGAUCAUUGUCAUAAGUAAUGAUAUCACACACAAGAUAGGCUCAUUUGGACCACAGGAGGACAUGCUAUUCCUGCGAGCCUCAGAGAUGGCUCGAGAGAGUGGCAUCCCUCGCAUCUACAUCGCAGCCAACAGCGGCGCCCGCAUUGGCUUGGCAGAGGAAAUCAGACACAUGUUCCACGUGGCCUGGCAAGAUCCAGCUGAUCCUUACAAGGGUUUCAAGUAUCUCUACCUCACACCUCAGGAUUAUAAGAAGGUCUCAGCUCUGAACUCUGUGCAUUGUGAACAUAUAGAGGACGAAGGAGAAUCCAGGUACAGAAUCACUGACAUCAUUGGAAAAGAUGAAGGGCUGGGUGUGGAGAAUUUGAGAGGAUCUGGAAUGAUUGCUGGAGAAUCGUCUCUAGCUUACGAGGAGAUCAUCACCAUGAAUCUGGUCACAUGCCGAGCCAUCGGCAUCGGGGCUUAUCUGGUGAGGCUUGGACAAAGAACAAUUCAAGUGGACAACUCUCACAUUAUUCUUACAGGAGCUGGGGCCCUCAACAAGGUCCUUGGCAGGGAAGUGUACACAUCAAACAACCAGCUCGGUGGGGUUCAGAUUAUGCACAACAACGGUGUGACCCACUGUACAGUCUGUGACGAUUUCGAGGGAGUCUUUACUUUGCUGCUGUGGCUGUCCUACAUGCCCAAGUGUAACUCCAGCCCAGUUCCCAUUCUCCAUGCCAAGGAUCCCAUAGAUCGGCUGGUGGAGUUCAUCCCUACGAAGACUCCUUACGACCCUCGCUGGAUGUUGGCAGGGCGUCCCAGCCAGACACCAAAGGGUUCCUGGCAGAGCGGCUUCUUUGACCAAGGCUCUUUCAUGGAGAUCAUGCAGCCAUGGGCUCAAAGUGUGGUGGUAGGCAGAGCUAGACUGGGUGGGAUACCUACUGGAGUGGUUGCUGUGGAAACCAGGUCAGUGGAGCUGUCAAUCCCAGCCGACCCAGCUAAUCUGGACUCUGAGGCAAAGAUCAUCCAGCAGGCGGGACAGGUGUGGUUCCCAGAUUCUGCUUUUAAAACAGCCCAGGCCAUUAAGGACCUGAACAGAGAAGGCUUACCCCUCAUAGUAUUUUCUAACUGGAGGGGCUUUUCUGGAGGAAUGAAAGAUAUGUACGACCAGGUGCUGAAGUUUGGGGCCUACAUUGUGGAUGGACUGAGGGAGUACAGGCAGCCCGUUCUGGUUUAUAUUCCGCCCCAGGCCGAGCUGAGGGGCGGCUCUUGGGUGGUUAUCGAUCCCACCAUCAACCCCCGCCAUAUGGAGAUGUAUGCUGAUAAAGACAGCCGAGGUGGGGUGCUGGAGCCUGAAGGAACAGUAGAGAUCAAGUUUAGGAAGAAGGAUCUGGUGAAGACCAUGAGAAGAGUAGAUCCAGUCUACAUGGGCUUGGCUGAAAAACUUGGAACCCCAGAGAUGAGCCCAUCGGAUCGAAAAGAGUUGGAGACCAAGCUUAAGGAGCGCGAAGAGUUCCUCUUGCCGAUCUACCACCAGGUAGCUGUGCAGUUUGCAGACCUCCACGACACCCCGGGUCGCAUGCAAGAGAAGGGCGUCAUCACGGACAUCCUGGACUGGCCGACCUCCCGUCUGUUCUUUUACUGGCGUCUGCGCCGCCUACUGUUGGAGGACACAGUGAAGAAUAAGAUCCAGGCGGCCAACAGCGAGCUGACCGACGGCCAGAUUCAGGCAAUGCUGCGUCGCUGGUUUGUAGAGGCGGAGGGAGCUGUGAAGGCAUAUUUGUGGGAUAACAAUGAAGACGUGGUGGGAUGGUUGGAGAGGCAACUCGCCGAAGAAGAGGGCGCCAGGUCCGUCAUCGACGAGAACAUCAAGUACAUCCGCCGAGAUCACCUCCUGAAGCAGAUUCGCAGCCUUGUUCAAGCCAAUCCAGAGGUUGCUAUGGAUUCUAUCGUGCACAUGACCCAGCACAUCUCACCCACUCAGAGAGCCGAGGUGGUGCGCAUCUUGUCCACCAUGGAAACAUCGGCCUCUUCCUAA